AUGAAAUUCGGUGCUGCCGAAAGCGCAUCAGUCAGAGUCAAAACAGACAAAAAAGAAAAAGUUAAAGAAGUGAAGGAAGAGGAAGAGAAAGAACCUGCGUGGGGCUGUGCUUCAAGCGGCGGUGGAACAGCUACUCCACCGAGGGAUCGAGUUCUGGGGGUGACGGAGAAAAUGUAUACUUGGAUUCGCCGCUUCACUCCCGAUCACAAGAAGUCGGGAAAACUUUACCGUGCGAUCGAUGCUGUGUCCGAUAAAAUGCUUUUCUACAUUGACUCAGAAUAUGGCUACACGACCAACUGCCGUCCAUCAGAAGAGGGAAGAAUUCAGCUCUACAAGAAAAAAGGAAUACUUACCGACAUAACUCCGACAGAAGAUCCGACAUUUUUCUUCCAAUCUCGACUUGUGUUAAAAACUCCAAAAAAGUGGGACGACAAUAACGAGGAUCAGCACCGGCACCGGCGAUUUGCUCCUAAUAAUCCAGAGAAGCAGAUCCAAAAGCUGACAUACACUCUUCACUGGAUUAACGACCAAUGCUUGAUCUUUUGCCGUGAUCACGAUGAGCUGGGAAACAAGAUCAACAAGUUCAGCCGCCAGGCGCUCCAAGUUCUGGCCCUUUACACAAAACCGAAUUUCCGCCCGACAAGAUCGCCGAAAGAAAGACCACCAGAUCAGUUCCGGCCGACGCCAGCGGGUAAUCCACCAAAAAAUGAUCCCAGCAAUAUUGAUGGAGGUGUACCUGAUCCCUUUUUCGAUUUCACGACUGCUCCGCCAUCUUCGAAUGAAACAGCUUUAGAGGUCCCACCAAGCACAACGACAACUACAACAACCACGACGAUCACGACAACCACGACAACGUCAACAACCUCCACCGUUCCUCCUGAGCCCUCUACCGAGCCUCCUGCGACCAACUGUGGCCGUGGUGGUUGCCAGAGACAAGCGUCCCUUGCAACCCGCAGUCGAGCUUCAGCAGCGAAAAAUCCACUUUCACGAAGUAGCGAGCGACUUAGAAAAUUUUUUCUAUCCUGGGGAUGA